AAACAAGCAUUUUUCUCCAUCCUAAAACCCCUCACAGACCCUCAGGCCUCAGCUGCUCAGUCCGUCCACCAAUGGCGAUCUGCCACCAAUCUCCGUUCAAGCUCUUCGCCGCAAUCCCAUCACCAUCAUCGAAGCCCAAACCCCUCCACCUCCGCUGCAACCUCUCCCUCCCCUCCAGACCCCCCCUCACCUCCACCGAGCCCGAACCCGUCUUCACCUCCGUCAAGGCCUUCGCUCCCGCCACCGUCGCCAAUCUCGGCCCCGGAUUCGACUUCUUGGGCUGCGCAGUCGACGGCCUCGGCGACUUCGUCUCUCUCACCCUCGACCCCCAGGUAUCGCCGGGCGAGAUCUCCAUUUCCGAGAUCUCCGGUGACCACAACUCCAAGAAGCUCAGCAAGAACCCUCUCUGGAACUGCGCCGGAAUCGCCGCCAUCGAAGUCAUGAAGAUGCUCGGAGUCCGAUCGGUGGGUCUUUCGCUCACUCUGGAAAAGGGCUUGCCUUUAGGCUCGGGGCUCGGAUCCAGUGCGGCGAGCGCGGCCGCCGCGGCUGUUGCGGUCAACGAGAUUUUUGGCGGGAAAUUGGGUAUAGAGGAAUUGGUGAUCGCGGGGCUGAAAUCGGAGGAGAAGGUUUCCGGUUACCACGCUGAUAACAUAGCUCCGGCUAUUAUGGGCGGGUUCGUAUUGAUUCGGAGCUAUGAACCGUUGGAUUUGAUUCCGCUGAUCUUUCCAGAUGGUAAAGAAUUGUUUUUUGUGUUGGCUACGCCGGAGUUUGAAGCUCCGACGAAGAAGAUGAGGGCGGCGCUGCCUGCGGAGGUGGGGAUGGCCCAUCAUGUCUGGAAUUCGAGCCAGGCCGGGGCCCUUGUUGCGGCAGUGUUGCAGGGGGACUUGCCCGGGCUCGGCAGGGCUUUGUCGAGCGAUAAGAUCGUGGAGCCGCGGCGAGCCCCGCUGAUUCCCGGUAUGGACGCUGUAAAAAAGGCAGCAAUCGAGGCCGGGGCAUUCGGGUGUACCAUUAGCGGGGCAGGUCCCACUGCCGUGGCGGUCACGGAUGAUCCCGAGAAGGGAAAGGUGAUCGGAGAAAAAAUGGUGGCGGCCUUUCUAAAGGAGGGAAAGUUGAAGGCCGCAGCGAGUGUGAGUAGACUCGACCGGGUUGGUGCCAGACUUGUCAGCACCAUUCCAAGAUAAGAAAUAUCUCUAGACUAAGAGCGGCCCGGUACCAAAAAGAUUAGGUGGUUUUGUAUACAAAUGUAGUAGGAGGAAGGAGGUGUUUGUUGUGUUUGUGUUGCAUUUUGUAUUCACAUAAAAAUUGAGAACUGCGUAACGACGUGUUUUCAGCACAUGUGUUGCCUGCCCUACAUAUAUCAGUGUAGUUAGCCUCUCUUGUGACAUCUUUAAUGCAUGGCUUCAGAAGCGAAGUGAUUUCCGCA